UGGAACACCCGGCCAAGCGGGAGAAGCUGACCGAGCUGAUGUUCGAGCAUUACGCCAUUCCGGCCUUCUUCCUCUGCAAGACCGCCGUCCUCACCGCGUAUCCGGGGGGCGAGUGGGGGGCUGGCGGCGGGAUCCGGGGGCUGGAGGACAGGCGAGGACCUUUGCCACGGCCGCAGCACGGGGCUGGUGCUCGACAGCGGGGCCCCCACACCACGGCCAUCCCCGUGCACGACGGCUACAUCCUGCAGCAAGGGAUCGUGAAGUCGCCGCUGGCCGGGGAUUUCAUCUCCAUGCAGUGCCGGGAGCUCUUCCAGGAGAUGAACAUCGAGAUCGUGCCCCCCUACAUGAUCGCUGCCAAGGACCCCGUGCGUGAGGGGGCCCCCCCCAACUGGAAGAAGAAGGAGAAGCUGCCCCAGGUCUCCAAAUCCUGGCACAACUACACCUGCAAUGAGGUGAUCCAGGAUUUCCAGGCCUCGGUGCUACAGGUCUCCGACUCGCCGUAUGACGAGCAGGUGGCCGCCCAGAUGCCCACCGUGCACUACGAGAUGCCCAACGGCUACAACACGGACUAUGGGGCUGAGCGGCUGCGCAUCCCCGAGGGGCUGUUCGACCCCUCCAACGUCAAGGGCCUUUCCGGGAACACCAUGCUGGGCGUCGGCCACGUGGUGACCACCAGCAUCGGCAUGUGUGAUAUCGACAUCAGGCCGGGUCUCUACGGCAGCGUCAUUGUGACCGGGGGCAACACCCUGCUCCAGGGCUUCACCGACCGGCUGAACCGGGAGCUGUCGCAGAAAACACCGCCCCUCGCCUCGCCGGCCUCCCUCCGGCACCCCAAGACUCUGGCUGACUUGCUGGGCGCUGCCCCAGUCUCCGCCGAUGUUCCUGCGCCCCCCAGGCCCCGCGGCCCCCUGGCGGGAAGCCGCACCCAGCGCGACAGCCCCGAGCCCCCCUCCCUGGACCCGGCCUGGGCCCGUUUCUUUGCUGACUUCAUGAGCUGGCAGAGGAAGUUCUGGGGCCGGACCAGGAAGGCGCCGACACUGCAGGGCUGUUUCGGGAUGAAGCUGGACCGAAUCGGGACCCGCAGUGGGCUGGGCUGCUAG